UUGGUUAGGCGCCUUGUCUGACACGCUUCGCUAUUGCUGCAGUGACAAAGUCCGCAGACGCCACUCGCUUUCAUUUGAUCAAUGUAAUCACUUACAACCAGCAACUGUCUCUUUCGGCGUGUCACUGUGGCAAUUUGUCACGUUCGGCGUUGCGACCAAGUGCCGAAUUAACUACUGGCGAAGUUAGCGCGGACAAAGUUGCCAGCUAGCUAGUCGCUAGCUCAGCUUGUAAGCAGCAACAAUGUCCAGUCUUCCUCAGAAUAAUUUGAAGGAGCAGCUGGCGAGACACAGCAACGCCGCCCAAAGCAAACUGUCUCUGGCGAAACCUAAAUCGGGGCCAUUUUCUUUUAAAAAGAAGUCCUCAUCAGGUACGAGCUGGACAGAAACCUCACCCAAGGUAACCAGCCAAAACGUCUUGGCAAGCAGGAAUGUUAAUGUUCCUAAGAACAGUUUGGUGACUCAACCUGUUCUGACAUUUUCAAACAAGCCCGAGACCUCUAAAAAGUCCAAAAUCAACAACUUCUUCUCUGUAAGUUCCAAAUGUAAGUCGGACAUCAGCCCGGGCAGUCUUCCCGAUAUUCAGCGCCUGUCAUCGUUGGCAUCUUCUGGCAGUGCGUGUCCAUCUUCACCCAAAUGUGACAGACCCCUUAUGAGUACCAAUGACAGCAACCCCGUAAACAUGGAUGCGUCACUUGGAUUCCAGAUUGACGACUGGGAUGAUAUGGACGACUUUGAAACACCCACCAAAACAAAGAAUGACUCCUUCAAUAGAGAUGUAAGUAGGACUGACAGCAGGCCAGUCGUAGCUGAACGGAGUACAGAAUCCACAGGGGGGCAGUGUUGUGUAAAAACAGAUGAAGCUCAAGUGAGUCCUGAUCUGAGUCCAGUUGGAGAUCCAGAUGAGUGUGGGCUGGACGAUUCUCCAAUUAACACACCAAGAGGAUGCCAGCCGGCUUAUCUGAAGUCUAUUGUUAGUGACAGUGAAGAGGACAGUGAUGAUAUGCCCAUGACAGAUGAUAAGAAAGAAUGGGUUGACCCAAAGUCAAUUCAGUUGGAUGCCAACGCCGAGCCUGAAGACGACCUCGACUACAUACCACCAUCUCCUGAGAGCUUUUACAACAAAUCUCCUGUGGACUCCAUAUCCAAGCCAUGUUAUGCUGAAAGCAACGAUAAUAAUUUGCAAUCCAAAGGAUCUAACGUGACACCUCGUCAAACCUCUUAUGACAAGACAAUUGACCAACUCUAUAGAAUCAUGGAGUCUAUUUGUGCUCUGGUGGAUUCCAUCCCGUCACACGAGCUCAUUGCUCUGUCCUGUGGAAACGAGCUUCUGCUGAAGAGGGCUCAAAGGAAGAGGAUUCUCAUUACUGGUGGUGAUGCUUUCCUAAGGCCUCAGCAGCCUGACAGCACUGGGAUUUCUGAUCCCAGCUUCAAAGACAAAUCUUCCGAUGAUGCAUCCAGCAUCUUUUUACCCAUGGUUUCAAAGAUGACUCCGCAGAUCAGGAGCUCCUCAGUCAUCUCUGUGGACUGUGACUCUGAUCACUCUGACAGCCUUAUUAAAGAAACCCCAUCACACUCCAAGGACGGCUGGAAAUCAGUUGUGGAAUAUGAGAGCAUCUGUGCUUCUCCAAGCUCCAGCAUCUCAAAAACAUCUCACAAUAGCUCCAAUGUCAAGAAGACCUGCACAGAUGUGGACUGUGAUGAUCUGUUCUUCUCGCCCAAGAAGAAGACAAAGAGUCAAGUGCAGAUUAAAUCUAAUCCCCAGGCAAACGUCACAGCUACGGAACCCAUCAAGCCUGAUGACUUUUUCGACGACUUUGACAUUGAUGAUUUAAACGACUCUGACAUCCCCGACUACUUCGACGAACCCCAAAAUUCCGCAGUGCCGUUAAAGACCUCCAACACUGCGCCAAAGGCUGUGAAGGAAGGUGGGCCGAGCAGGUCGUCAUGGGAGAACAAACCUGCAACGCAUGUGCCUGCACCUGCACCCAAACCAGCAAAGGUCUGCUCUCCUGAACCCACCUUCCGAAACCCGGCACACGACCGUUUCAGAGGGUUCACCUUCUCCCAUUCGCAGGAGAUGAUGAAGCUCUUCCACAAGCGCUUUGGGCUCCAUCAGUUCCGGUUUAACCAGCUAGAAGCCAUUAAUGCCGCCAUCCUCGGGGAAGAUGAGUUUGUGCUCAUGCCCACAGGUGGCGGUAAAAGUCUGUGCUACCAGCUUCCUGCCUGUCUGUCACCGGGAGUCACUGUGGUCAUCUCGCCUCUCAAAUCUCUCAUUGUGGAUCAAGUCCAGAAGCUCACGUCACUGGAUAUCCCAGCAACAAGCCUGUCUGGUGCUAAAAGUGACGGCGAAGCAGGGAGGAUCUACAUGCAGCUCUCCAGGAAGGAGCCCAUCAUUAAACUCCUCUACGUCACGCCUGAAAAGGUCAGUGCCAGUAAUAGACUCAUCUCAGCCCUACAGAACCUGUACGAGCGAGGCCUCUUGGCUCGCUUUGUCAUAGACGAGGCUCAUUGCGUCAGUCAUUGGGGGCACGACUUCCGGCCAGAUUACAAGAGGCUGAACGAACUGCGUCAGAAGUUCCCCAAAGUGCCCAUGAUGGCGUUGACAGCCACAGCCACCCCCCGCGUGCGGAAGGAUAUCUUGCACCAACUCAACAUGACACGCCCUCAGGUCUUCACCAUGAGCUUUAACCGAGCAAACCUUAAGUACGCUGUUCUGCCCAAGAAACCCAAAAAGGUUGACGAGGACUGUGUCAUUUGGAUCAAGAAGCACUACCCACGUGAUUCAGGCAUCGUGUACUGUCUGUCCCGAAACGACUGCGACACCAUGGCCGAGAGCCUGCAGCGAGCCGGCCUGUUUGCGCUGUCCUAUCACGCUGGCCUGAGUGACGGCGACAGAGAGUACGUGCAGUUCAAGUGGAUCAACCAGGACGGCUGCCAGGUCAUUUGUGCCACCAUUGCUUUCGGCAUGGGCAUCGACAAGCCUGACGUUCGCUACGUGAUCCACGCCAGUCUGCCUAAAUCAGUGGAGGGCUACUACCAAGAGUCAGGGAGGGCCGGCAGGGACGGGGAGAUCUCACACUGCAUCCUCUUCUACAGCUACGCCGAUGUGCACCGCAUCAAGAGGAUCAUCAACAUGGACCGAGAAGGUGACAGAAACACCAAGGCUACUCACUUCAACAACCUACAAAGCAUGGUGCAGUUCUGCGAGAACAUGAUGGACUGCAGAAGGAUUCAGCUGCUGGCCUACUUUGGAGAGAUGAACUUCAACAGGGGCUUCUGUAAGGACAACCCUGACGUCACCUGUGACAACUGUAGCAGACCAAAUGAAUACAAAAUUAGGAAUGUCACUGAAGAAGUGAAGCACAUCGUGAGGUUCGUCCAGGAGAACUGUGAGAAGGUCGGAGCCAAGUUCGGCCGAACCCCUAAGCAGAACCGCCUGACGCUCAACAUGCUGGUGGACAUCUUCAUAGGUUCCAGAACCGCUAAGCUCCAGACGGGCAUGUUUGGAAUGGGAGGCUCUUAUUCCAAGCACAACGCGGACCGCCUGUUCAAAAAACUGGUGCUCGACAACAUCCUGAUGGAGGACCUUUACAUCACCAACGGGGGUCAAGCUGUGUCGUACAUCUCUGCGGGACCAAAAGCUCUCAACCUCCUGUCCGGACACAUACAGGUGGACUUCUAUGAGACAGAGAGCGCCUCCAGCGUGAGGAAGAACAAAGCUGCGGUGUCCAGGAAGAUCUCUGUGAGGGACCAGAAGGUUCAGGAGUGUCUCAAGGAGCUGGUGGAUCUCUGCAAGCAGCUGGGAAAAGCCUUCGGAAUUCACUAUUACAACAUCUUCUCCACUGCCACCUUGAAAAAGUUAUCUGAGAGGUUGUCCUCCGACCCGGACGUCCUGCUGCAAAUCGACGGUGUGACUGAGGACAAGCUGGAGAAGUACGGGGCUGAGGUGCUCCAGGUCCUGCAGAAGUACUCCGAGUGGCAGAAUCCUGUCGAACAGCAGCAGGCUGAGGGCGGCGAAGAGGCCUGGAUCGACACAACACGAGGCCGCGAGGCCGUGGAAUAUGACGACGACGACUCCUCCGCCUACUUCCGCAGCCAGAGCGCGCAGGGGCAGAAGAGGAAGAAAAUGCCCUUCUUCAAGUACAACAAAAAGAGAAAAGGAUACGGAGGCGCAGGCUCCAACUCGAGAGGCCGAGGCUCCGGCAACAAUAAGUCAUGGUCCUCGAGAGGGGGGGGCAGAGCCGGUCCUCAGUCUGCCGGCCGAGCGUCCGUCCGUGCGACAGGUGACUCGUCAGCAGGAAGGACGCCGGGCUUCCUGGCGGUGCCCACGCCUCUGAACCAGCGACCUUUUCUCAAGCCGUCCUUCUCUCAUAUAUAGCGCUGCUACCUCGACACUACAUCCGUUUGUAAUUUAUGCUGUUCAAAGUGUACAUUCUUGGGAUUAUAUUUUUUUUGUUACACUUACUGUACAUUUCAAUGUUUAUAAAUGUUUUCAAAUGUUAGACUGUAAAUUUAAAUGUCAUGUUAAGUGUUUAUUAAAGAUCAUUGA